AUGGUUCAUUUCUUUGUGAAUAAUGUUAGACCUUAUCCCUUGAUCUGGUCACUAGUACUAGCUUUUCUUUUCCUUGAUGCAACCCCCUACGCAGCAAAAAUUGUGACAGUUGAAGAAAUUUGCAAAAACCCUAAUCCUGCAUAUGCGUUAACGUUUGCUUAUUGUUCAAAUCUUCUAAAUUCAAUUCCCGGUGGUGCUAAAGGAGCAAACGUUGAUUCCUUAGCACAAUACACACUUGAAGUUCUUCAGUCCAAUCUUACAAACACAGUGAACCUUCUCAAAUCUUUGAUUGCAAAUUCUAGUACUAGCCCUGACUUGCUAGAUGUCUACCAUAUUUGUUUGAACAACCUUGAUGAUAUUGGUGGUCGUGGCCAGGGUGCACUAGCUGAAAUUGAAAGAAUAAAAAAUGGUUUGAAGGAACAUGUUUACUCUCUAUUCAUAUCUGGUCUUACCGAUACGCUUAUCUACCUUCAAAAUUGUAUGUCUGUAGAUCAUGGAACCCCAAAUCGAGAGUUCCAUGAUCCAUCACUGCUUCCACAAUAUACUGGUGAUAUCCAGAAAGUUAUUGGUAUACUUGAAGCCAUGUCUGUUUAUUUGUUCCCUUAG